AUGUUCAUGUUAAUAUCAAUAAUAUAUUUUUUAGCUAUAAUGCUACUUUCUAACUUUCAACUCUGCAUCGGUGCUUGUGGUAUAGCUGAAUAUGAAGUGGAAGGAGAAUGUUGCCCUAUGUGUGGUCCUGGAUAUCGUGUCUACAGACAUUGUGCUGAAUACACAUCUACAUCAUGUAUACCCUGCAUUCAAUCCACUUUCACUGAUUUACCCAAUGGUUUAGUAAAGUGUAUUCAGUGUACAGUCUGUGAUUCCAGGCAAGGGUUAAGAACAAAGACAGAGUGCACAUUGACUGCAGACACCAUCUGUGAACCACGUGAAGGAUUUUACUGUAUUGACCAACACAAACACAGUUGUAGAGCAGCUCUUGAACAUUCAAAAUGUAACCCUGGACAAUACAUCAUACAGAAAGGAACAGCAGAUACAGACACUGUGUGUGGUGACUGUGUUGGUGAAACUUACUCAGACGGUUCAUUCACAUCCUGUCUGUCACAUACACAGUGUGAGAAUUCCAUUGGAGUUGUGAGAUGGGAAAAAAGGCCAGGAACUCAUUCAUCAGAUACUGAAUGUGAAGAAAUACAGACAGUUCCUAUCAUACUUGGUGUUUUAUCUGGUGUUUUAGUUAUUGCAGUGGGAGUAGGAUCUGUUGUUGUUCUCAAAAAGAAGAGAAACAUUAGACGUGUUGUUCCAAACUAA